AUGGAAGAAAACUGGAAAAAGAGACAAUUGUUGUCGGAAAUUGUGUUCUGGAAUAGUUCCAUCAAACGAGGUGUGAAUCUUCCAGUUAGUGCAGCCUUUUCUUCGUCAUCUCAGUUGCUGUUUGAGGAGACAAUUGAUUCUGAACUUAGAAUUGACAUCGUUGCGGGUGGAACUGAUACAUCAUCCAAAAUUAUUAUUUGGGCAUUGUUAGAAAUGAUGAAGAAUCCAAAUAUUAUGGCCAAUGCUCAAAGUGAAGUGAGACAAGUCUUUCAAGAAAAGAAAAAUUAUGAUGAAGGAGAUCUUGAAAAGUCAAAAUACCUGAAGUUGGCGAUUAAGGAAACAUUAAGGUUACAUCCUCCCAUUCCUCUAGUGCCUAAGGAAUGUAAGGAGCAAACAGAUAUUGAUGGAUACACCAUACGUUGUAAGACUAACGUGUUGGUCAACAUAUGGGCACUCGGAAGAGAUCCUGAAAGUUGGGACGAUCCUGAAAGUUUUAUACCAGAGAGAUUUGAGAACUCUUCUAUUAACUUUAUGGGAAACCACUAUGAGUUUAUUCCAUUUGGUGCAGGAAGAAGGAGUUGUCCAGGAAUGCUAUUUGGUUUAGCUGCUAUUGAAGUUGCACUGGCACAGUUACUCCACCACUUUGAAUGGCAACUCCCAUAUGGAACUAAUCCCCAAGAUUUGGAUAUGACUGAAACACCGGGAUUAACUGCAGCAAAACAAAAAGAUUUGUAUUUAGUUGCUGUAGAUCAUAGAAACGAUGACGAAUUUUGA